AUGGUCGGAAGCGUCGCGAAGGUUACGAAGACAAAGGCCAAGGCCAAGGCCAAGGACCCGGAGCAACGUCGCGCAUACCUGAGAGGCCGAAAGCCUGUUGUGAAAUCCGUCGGCUCGGUGCUCUUGGAUGCUUCUCCAGCAGAGAGUAGUCUGGGAGACGAGGAAGACGACUUGGUGAGUUUUGACGGACAUCGAUGCGACAUGUCAAAGUCGGAAAGGUUAUGUGACGUCCCUGGCCAUGGUUAUAAGGUGAAAUUCGGAAUGGAGGUGCCCUUUGUCAUUUUCGGCGCUUGCAUCCUGCCUUCGGGCGACAUUGUAACCGCUGGGGAAGACGGCGCACUACGUGUCUGGGAUUCCGAUGAGCAGCUGCAGGAGAUCACGGCCCAUGAGGGUGGAGCCUUGUUCGUGUCCCCUUUUCCAAACGGAACAUGCCUACUCACAGGUGGAUGUGAUGGGUAUGCCAGGGUAUGGAAAGUGGCACCUUCAGGCAGGCUGUCAUCAUACCUACACAUGGACCACAAGUUUGCUGUCGUUGCCGGCUGUGUCUUCCCCAAUCUCAGACAAAUGAUUAGUUUGGGAUUGGACGGGGUUGCUAAAAUCUGGCGGUUGGACGACGAGCAAUUUCUGACAGAAGGGGGCUGUGGACUCAGUGCUCUUGUCAUCUCUCCCUAUGGCGGUUGCAUAAUAACUGCCAGCAGCCUCGGUUCCAUCGAGAAGUUUUCUGAUGACGGCCAGCUGCUUUGCAAGUUUGCAGAGGGUCACGAGGGGCUGGUCAACGUGUUAAUGCUCUUUCCAGAUCAGUCGCGAGUCUUGACAGCCGGCGAAGAUGGCCGUGGAGUGAUUUGGAAUGGCCACGGCGAGCUUGCAGUCAAGCUGGAAGUGCUGACAGAGCCAGUGCUUUGCGCAGAUAUUUCUCCUUGCGGCAACUGGAUAUUGACGGGCGGCAAGCAGGGGACGGUUCGUGUUUCGAGCGCGAGAACUGGCAGAACCGUCAGCAGGUGGCAGGUCGGAGAACAGGCUUCCGCUGCACCGGAUGCUUCAUCGGGUGCCCCCCUCGAAGUGCAGGAAAGGGCCCGCGUGGAAACCUGCAGCGUCCAGGCCUGCUGCUUCCUGCUUCCUUCUGACCGCCGCUUCCUCCUGGUCGGGGCUUUCGGAUUUCAGCUUUGGCAGUUCCACGCAAUUGAUUAG